AUGUACGCUUCCCCAGAUCACCAGCCGGUCAGAUUCACGAAUGAAGGAGGAGGGGUUAGAGUCCAGGCCGGUCAGAACAUCGUGUAUGUGGACUUCAACGUGCACAGGACUACACACGAUCACAAUCCGUUAAACUCCCUCCCUUACGCGCCCAACGCUGCUUUUAACGCAUUAGAGAAAGGAGACGACCCUCUCUGCAUCCCUGGCACUCGAGUCGACGUCCUGAACGAUAUCAGGAAAUGGGUCGAUGGAGAAGACAAGCGGCAUAUCUUCUGGCUAAGUGGCUGGGCAGACACCGGAAAGUCCACAAUAGCACGGACGGUUGCGCGGGAAUACUAUGGCGGAAGUAGACUAGUCGCAAGCUAUUUCUUCUCAAAAGGUGGCGGCGACACUGGCAAUGCGACAAAGUUCGUUGGUACAAUCGCGAGGCAACUGGCGGGCAGUUUCCCAAGUUCAAGAGACUGCUCCAGAAAGCCCUACGGUAUUGGAGGACGAAGGCAUUGUCCAUCGCGUCCUAAAGGAUCAAUGACAGGAACUCAUCACUACACCGCUAGCGCAACUUGCGAUCGACUUCGUCACUAA